CACUUUGACUGAUUUCCCAGGAUGCAUUCCCCAGCUUGGAAGAACUAGAAUUAUGUGAAAUGCCUGAGCUAUCGCAUCUGUGGAAAGGAAAUUUUCAGCCUUGCAAUGCUUUUCAAAAUCUAAAGACUCUGAAAGUGUCAGAAUGUGGCAGUUUAGAAAAUUCAUUGUCCCCAUCGGUGUCUUUCCAGAAUUUAGAAAGUCUGCAGGUAUCAAAGUGUGAUGGAUUGAGAUAUUUACUAACCCCCUCAAAAGCCAAAACUCUGGAUCGACUUACAGGAAUGAAUGUAUCUGAUUGCAAAAUGAUGGAGGAAAUUAUAACACAUUUGGGAGGUGAAGUAAUAGAGAAUUCAAUCAUUUUCAGCAAAUUGGAUCAUUUGGAACUUCACUGUUUGGGCAGCCUUAGAAGCUUCUGUUGUGGGGAUUAUACUGAGGAAUUCCCAUCCUUGAAAAAAGUAGUAGUCAGAAAGUGCUUGGAGAUGGAGACUUUUUGUCAUGGAGUUUUAAGCACACCAAAGCUCCAAAGACUACAGUUUACAGAAGGAGAGGAUAAAGUUGAAGAAUGUUGGGAAGGCAACCUUAAUUCCACCAUACAAUAUUUAUUCAAAAAAAUGAAUGUGCGACGCCCCAAAGAAGAUUGAGGUCAUUCCUUCAACUAGUCUGUGAUAGGGGAGGAACUCCUAUCGUAUAUAUAUAAA